GAUCGCUGCACACGUACAUACUAUACAAGGUAGCAAUUAGCGUAAUGAACAAUUCCUAGGUUCCGCGCAGGCUUCUCUCAUUAUGGCUAUUUCCUAUAUCCCUUUCCGUAUUGUAGUCUGUGGCUUUUAACUAUGACGGAAGCAUUAGUCCCCGCGCGACAACGACGACGACGCACUUCCAAUUCUAAGACUGGAUGCAAGACAUGCAAGAUCAGACGAGUCAAAUGCGAUGAAUCCAAACCCACAUGCCAGCGCUGCAUUAGCACAGGUCGAAAAUGCGACGGCUAUGUCUCCGAUAUCCUUCCCUCGAACGCACACGAUCAGCAAGCAGCCGCCGCCAUAAUCCAUCGAGUCCUCGUGCGAAUUCCAGGCACUACACAAGAGAAACGCGGAUUUCAAUAUUUCUUCACGAAUACUGCAAGGGAGCUCACGGGCUAUUACACGUCGUCGUUCUGGGAAUACCUCAUCCUCCAAGCAAGCGCGGCCGAACCAUCGCUACGCCAUGCCGUCAUAGCAAUCGCUGCUCUCCACGAGGAAUUCACAAAUAAGCGCCUAGGAGGAAUUUCACAUGGCCACGAGAAUCCCGAGUCCACGUUCGCUAUAAACCAAUACAUGAAAGCAGUCUCCCACCUGCGCCGGUCCUUAUCUGAAGGAAAACAAGCACCCCUCACGGCACUGAUGUCAUGCCUUCUCUUUGUUUGUUUUGACUAUUUAAGAGGGCGUUUUGAUUUCGCCAUGAUGCAUUUACAAAGUGGAUUGGAGAUAUUACGAGAUUUGGGCAGUCGGAGUGAAGAAGAUAGAGAUAUUGCGGAGCAAAGUAUAGCGCCGCUAUUUAUGCGACUCUCUGCCCAGUCGAUUUUGUAUGUCGAUACGAGGAAUUCCUUUGAUAAGAGACGGUUUGCGAAGCAACUCAUGCACAUAAAGACGAAGGAGCCGGCUCCAAUCCCGGAGUCGUUUGAAGACUUGGAGGAGGCGAGAUAUGCGCUGGAUGUGGCUACUAAUGGGCUAUUUAGAGUGUUCUACAUAUGUGAUGGGACCAAACCAAUGAACGUCCAACCCCCAGAAGCCUACGCUACCUACAAAACCUACAGCGCGCAACUCCUCGCCUGGGACUCCUCCUUCUCCGCCUUCAUGUCCCUUAAAUCACACGCCCUCACCGCCCUUCAAAUCCGCGGCGCCGCGCUCCUAAAGAUCCACCACACAACCGCCACAAUCAUGGGCCGCUGCGUCCCCGACCCCACCGAUCCCCGGAGCAUCGUCACCGCAGCUAACGACCCCCUGAUUUUUUCCCAGAGCACCAACGACUUCCAAACCGUGGUCAGCCUCUCGCAAUCCCUUGUUGCAGCCGCGGAGCAGGAUAUCCAGCGCGGAAACGGCAGGUUGGCAGGGGGGCUCACGUUCAGCACUGAUAUGGGCGUUGUGGCGCCGCUGUACUAUGUUUGCAUCAAAUGUACGGAUGUGCCGUUGAGGGAACAGGCGAUAGAGUUGCUGGGUCGGUGUCCGAGACGGGAGGGGAUGUGGGAUAGCGUCCUUGGUGUGCGGAUGAUUCGCGAGUUUUGGGAGAUGGAAGAGGUGCAUAGACAGUUGCGGCAGGGGAUGGUAAAGUUGGUGCUGGAGGAUGAUGGGAGGUGGGAGUGGUCGUGGAGGGAUGUACACAAUGGAGGAGAAGGCGGGGGUGUCGGGUAUGGUGUGAAAGAGAUGAUGGAGUCUCAAAUAUGAUAAUAUGACAUCCCAAUACUUACAAGCUACGAAGCUACGAAAUUAGAUACAAGAGUAGGGGCUAAUUGUUUAGAUCACUACAACAUUUGUUCCAUU